AUGUCAGAUCAGGUCGAUACGGAACAAUGGGCAACUCCCGAAAACGCGCCGCUCCUUGGGUCAUCCAGCACUCUAGCUGAUGAGCAUGCGACCGAUUUCCAAAACGCAGCUCCAGGCGAUACCGACGUCGAAGCAUAUGCCCAGCUUGCGCCCCGUCCAGAGGGUCGGCCGAAGGACAUUUUUAUCGGGACAUGGCUGUCUCUCGUGCUGUCGGUGGUAGGACUCGCAGGGUUCAUUGCGGCUUUUGUCUUCCUGGGGAAGCUGGGCACCUUGGAAAGUCCUAAUCUGGGGUGGUGGACGCAAUAUUCGGCGCCAUGGUUCAUGGCCAUGAACAAGCCAAUGUGGCUUGGCCCAAAUCUAUUCAUCGACAUGACGAUCCCUCUGAUACUUGUCACCCAUACCACAGGCUACCCAGCGGGCGACCGGGCGUACUAUACUCCGAAUUACCCACGACGACCGCCGAGUAAUACUUAUGAGCCUGCUUGCUUAGAAAAUGCUGUGAUACUCAAGAUCCUGUUGGGUGUUGCGUUUGGCUCGACCUUCCUGCUUGCAUUCGUCCAUGUUUUUCUAGCCAUCAAGCGUUGGAUUGAUGUCUUUCGUGCUCGGCGACGUGAGGGAAAUGGAGUAACCCGCUUCGGAAUCCCCAGUGGUCAACUCAGUUCCGAGUUUACGAUCAAGUUCCUUGACCAGGAUGGCCUGAGGGCUAGGGGAGAUGCUUCUAGGACACAGGCGUAG